CCAAAGUGCAGCCUGGUGUCUUCUCUCUCCAAGCAGUGCCUUCGCUCUUCUGGCUGAAAGCAAGUGAGCGGCACGUCUUCCCGGAGCGAGGAUGGAGGAGGAGGGCAUGGUCAAGAGGGAAGGGAGGCUGACGCUGGUGCUUGCCUUGGCCACGCUGAUCUCGGCCUUCGGGUCCUCCUUCCAGUACGGCUACAAUGUGGCCGCUAUCAACUCCCCUUCCGAGCUCAUGAAAGCAUUUUACAAUGAGACCUACUUUGAUCGGACCACUUACUACCUGAGCGACUUCUCCUUGACGCUUCUGUGGUCUCUGUCUGUGUCCAUGUUCCCCUUUGGCGGCCUCGUCGGGUCCCUCAUGGUCGGCUUCUUGGUGAAUAAACUUGGGAGGAAAGGGACCUUGCUGCUGAACAACGUCUUCUCCAUCGUGCCUGCCAUCUUGAUGGGUUCCAGCGAAGCUAUCCACUCAUUUGAGAUAAUCAUUCUCUCCAGGCUGCUGGUGGGCAUCUGUGCAGGUCUGUCUUCCAACGUCGUCCCUAUGUACCUGGGGGAGCUGGCCCCCAAGAACUUGAGGGGAGCCCUGGGGGUGGUGCCCCAGCUCUUCAUCACCGUGGGCAUCCUCGUGGCCCAGAUCCUGGGCCUUCGGAAUCUCCUUGCAAAUGAGGAAGGCUGGCCCAUCCUCCUCGGGGUGACUGGGAUCCCCGCGGCGGUGCAGCUCCUGCUGCUGCCCUUCUUCCCGGAGAGCCCCAGGUACCUGCUGGUUCAGAAGAAAAACCAUGAAGCGGCCAGGAAAGCCCUGAAGAGGGUGCGUGGCUGGGACGACGUGGAAGAGGAAAUGGAGGAGAUCCAGCUGGAGGCCGAGGCCGAGAAGGCUGCAGGCUUCAUCUCCAUAGUGAAGCUGUUCAGGAUCAGGUCGCUGCGCUGGCAGCUCAUCUCCAUCAUCGUCCUCAUGGGCGGCCAGCAGCUGGCUGGAGUACAGAUCUACUACUACGCAGACGAGAUCUACAAGAACGCGGGGGUGGCAGAAGAUGACGUCCAGUAUGUGACGGCGGGCACUGGGGCUGUCAACGUGGCGAUAACCAUUUUAGCCGUGUUCGUGGUGGAGCUUUUGGGGAGGAGAAUCCUGCUGCUCCUGGGCUUCUCCAUCUGCUGCUCCGCCUGCUGCGUGCUCACGGCCGCUCUGGUUCUGCAGACCACCAUCUCCUGGAUGCCUUACCUCAGCAUCGCCUGUGUCCUCAUCUACGUCAUAGGACAUGCCCUGGGGCCCAGUCCCAUCCCCGCGCUGAUCAUCACCGAGAUCUUCCUGCAGUCCUCCCGGUCCUCGGCCUACAUGGUGGGGGGCAGCGUCCACUGGCUCUGCAACUUCUCGGUGGGCUUGCUCUUCCCCUUCAUUCAGGAGGGCCUCGGGCCCUACAGCUUCAUCAUUUUUGGUGGGGUGUGUUUUCUCACCACCGCCUUCGUGUUCCUGGUGAUCCCGGAGACCAAGGGCAAGACAUUCAUGGAGAUCAACCAGACCUUCGCCAAGAGGAAUCAUGUGUCCGAGGUGUACCCAGAAAAUGAGGAGCUAAAGGAGAUUCCGGAGGAACGCAAGAAACUUCCGGAGGAAAUGGAACUUCCGGAGGAGACAGAACUUCCGGGGGAAUGGAAGGAACUUCCGGGGAAGCAGAAGGAACUUCCGGAGAAGCUCAAGUCCGUCUCGGAGGAACUAAACUUGGUGUCGGAGGGACUAAAGGAACUUCCGGAGGAAGUGAAGUCCGCGUUGGAGGGACUAAAGGAAUUUCCGGAGGAACUGAAGUCCGUGUCGGGGGGACUAAACGAACUUCCGGCGAAACUGCAGACCGUGUCGGAGAAUCUAAGGGCAGUUUCAGAGGCGCUGAAGGCCGUGGCCGAGGAACGUCCGGAGGAACUAAAGGAGCUUUCGCCCUCCGCCUCAGAGCAGUAACUCGGGAGGAGGCGCCUGCUACGUGGUCGGCGGCGUGGAGCCCCCUUCUUGGGUUUUUUUUCUGAGUAACAGUUGUCUAUAAAUAUCCAGAACUAGGACAGUCCAGUGUGGGAUGCAGGCCCCAAAGGGCUUCCGUGCAGUUACGAAAGCCAGACUGCCCCCUCCCCAGGCCCAAGUCACAGUGAGCAGCCGUCCUCCCGCCAUGGCGGGGUUAGCCUUUGUGUGGCUCCUGUAACACCGGCUUUUAGGACAAAAAGCAUUAGUGCGGCGGUGAGAGAGAAGGAAUCCAAUUUGGCCAGAGAAGCAAUCCUUUCUCCAACCCCGUGGGUCUUCUGGGGGCCACGGGCCUGUGUUCAGAGCAGAAUUCAUCCUCUUGUCAGAUCCACCUCCAGCAUCACCGCUCCGGGAAAGUGUGCGGUCGCAAGCAACGAUGUCCAGGAAAGUGGAGAGCAGGUCCCUACGGAGACUUGAACCAAGUCAGGGAUUGUUAAUCCUAAAUUGUACUGUUAGAGGACAGUGGAAUUGCCUCUGAAUACUCAAUAAAACAAAUGCGAUCAUUUUUCA